UCUCAGUGUAGGGAGAAACAGGGAAGAGAUGUAAAUAGGAAACUUGGUUUCUAUGAAAUUUAGUAAUAUUUACAAGAAAAUAAUAAUAAUAACAUAAAGAAUCAUCAAAAAUCCCUCUUUAAUUUAAUAGCCUGCCCAUAGGAUUUUUAGAUUUAGUUCAGGUUAUUGAAGGGCAUUUACACUCACUAUUCUGACACUUUUGUAAAGAUGUGUGAGGCAGUUAGUUAGCAAGCUAGCUAGCUAAGGCGGCAGGAGGAGAACAAAAGAUUUUUUUUUUCAGUUUUGACCGGUUGCACUGACACCAAGUCCAUGCAGAACGUGUCAUCACCAACACAAUGCCCGUGUUACUUUUUCUGAUAGACACGUCCGCGUCAAUGAACCAGCGCACCCAUCUGGGCACUACCUAUCUGGACAUUGCAAAAGGCGCUGUUGAGACUUUCAUGAAGCUUAGAGGCAGAGAUCCGGCGAGCCGAGGGGACCGGUAUAUGUUGAUAAAUUUUGAGGACGUUCCCCUCGGAAUCAAGGCUGGAUGGAAAGAGAGCCAUGCCACAUUCAUGACAGAGCUGAGGAACCUUCAAGCAGCAGGACUCACAACUAUUGGCCAGUCUUUGAGGACCGCUUUUGAUUUGCUCAAUCUCAAUAGAUUAGUGUCUGGGAUAGACAACUAUGGACAGGGCAGGAAUCCCUUUUUCCUGGAGCCGUCCAUCAUAGUGGCCAUCACCGACGGCAACAAGCUGACCAGCAGUGGCGGAGUCCAGGAUGAGCUCCACCUUCCCCUGACCACUCCUCUGCCGGGCAGUGAGCUGACCAAGGAGCCGUUCCGCUGGGACCAACGCUUGUUCUCCCUGGUGCUGAGGAUCCCUGGACACGCCACUGUAGAGCCUGAACCACUGGGAGGGGUCCCCCCCGAUGACUCGGCCAUCACCCCCAUGUGCGAGGUCACCGGAGGUCGCUCCUACAGUGUGUUCUCCCAGCGCAUGUUGAAUCAGUGUCUGGAGUCUCUACUGCAGAAGAUCCAGAGUGGAGUGGUCAUCAACUUUGAGAAGACGGGCCCGGACCCCCCUCCUGGAGAGGAUGAGACCCUGAAGCCCGGCCCCCAGUCGUGGCACUGCUGCCACAAGCUGAUCUACGUACGACCCAACCCCAAAACUGGUGUGCCCAUCGGACACUGGCCCAUUCCUGAAGGCUUCUGGCCCGACACAAACUCCCCCACCCUGCCCCCUCGCUCGGCCCACCCCCACGUGCGUUUCUCCUGUCUGGACUCAGAGCCCAUGGUGAUUGACAAGGUUCCCUUCGACAAGUACGAGCUGGAGGCUUCACCUCUCACACAGUACAUCCUGGAGAGGAAGUCCCCUCAUUCCUGCUGGCAGGUGUUUGUAAGUAACAGUGCCAAGUACAGUGACCUGGGCCAGCCCUUUGGCUACCUGAAGGCCAGCACGGCUCUCAACUGUGUCAACCUCUUCGUCAUGCCCUACAACUACCCUGUUGUACUGCCUCUACUGGAUGACUUGAUCCGGGUGCACAAGUUCAAGCCCACCAUUAAAUGGCGUCAGUCAUUUGAGAACUACCUGAAGACCAUGCCUCUUUAUUACAUUGGGUCCCUCCGGAAGGCGCUAAGGAUCAUGGGAGCUCCUAACCUCCUGGCCGACAACAUGGAGUAUGGUCUGAGUUACAGUGUGGUGUCCUACCUCAAGAAGCUCAGCCAGCAGACCAAGAUAGAGUACGAGCGGCUGAUAGCAUCUGUAGCUAAAAAAGUGGUAGCGGAGGGUGGCAUCAAGGUGCGUGACCGCGGUGGGGACAUCUCCCUGGCCCAGCGCAGAGACUUCACUCAGCUUCUGGCCAGCAUCACAGGAGAGACGGCCGCCCUGCCCCUGGAGCUAAACUCUAAAGAGUUCUCUGGCUUUCAGCUGGCUCCUCUCAACAAGAGUCUGAAACCUCAGGGUUUCCGGAACGCCUACGACAUUCCCAGAAUGCACCUCCUGGAUCAGCUGAGCCGCAUGAGGAGGAACCUGCUCAGCACCACCUGUCUGCUCCGGGGACAGGACACAGACCAGCUGCACAGUGUGCCCAUCGCCCAGAUGGGGAACUACCAGGACUUCCUCAAAGCCCUUCCCCAACCCCUCAGAGACGCAGACCCUGAACAGCCCAAACGCCUGCACACCUUCGGAAAUCCAUUCAAACUGGACAAGAAGGGGAUGAUGAUUGACGAGGCCGAUGAGUUUGUGACGGGUCCCCAGAACAAGGGCAAGCGUCCGGGGAGUGACUCCAACAUGCACGGGGUCGGGGGUGGGGGUCCUAAGAGACGACGGUGCAUGUCCCCUCUACUGCGCCCCGGCAGAGCCUAUUCGCCCCCCGUCAGCCCUGCAGCCAGCCCCUUCAGACCCCCCCUCGCCGAGUGCGACCAGAGUGAGUCAGACUCUGAGGCUGUGUUUGGAAACCUCUACAACCCAGAGACGUGUGAGACAGGGACAACGGUCCAACCAGGAGAGAUCCUCUCUGGACCCCUUCUCGACGGCACCGGCACAGGGAACCGCAUGGAGGCUGAUGGGGACACUGAGGAGGAGAAUGGGCUUCCCAGGGAGGUGGAGCUCUCAGAGGGCAAUGAGGAUGGAGGAGAGACUGGGGGUGUGGUGGAGGAGCAGUGCCCGGCCCGGUACCCCUCCCCCGCUGAGCUGAAGAAGGUGAUGAACAGCGAGAGUCUGGAGGUCAACACCGAACUACGAGCCCUCAUCACCAAGGAGAUACGGAAACCCGGGAGACACUAUGAAAAAAUCUUCUACUUCCUGAAGCAGAUCCAAGGAAGCUUUGACACACGGUUGAUAUUUCUCCAGAACAUUAUAAAAGAAGCUGCAAGGUUCAAGAAGCGGGUGCUGAUAGAACAGCUGGAGAACUUUCUAGAAGAGAUCCAUAACAGAGCCAACAAUAUGAACCACCUGGACGGGUUCUAAUGGACAACUCUUCACUCCCCGGACCCUCAGACCUAAACCCCUCCUCCCCACCCUCAGCCCUCAACCUGCAGCCCUUACCCAGGCUGAAAUAUUCCUAUAGAGUAGGUGUAUGAACUAACCCAAGCAAUGAAAUGAGUGCUGUUGGCCUGUCUGUCUCUGUCCGUGUAUACUGUGUGACGCGUGUCUCAUCAGUGAUGGUAUGGUGAACUGAUAUUGCUAAGGGAGGGGGUUCAAAUUCGAUUGUAAAAAGUUUCCAACAACCUCAGGGCCAAAAGAGGAACACUGAUGUUUUAGGUUUCAAAUGAAUCUAUAGGUGGCUUCAUGUUUUUUUUUUUUUUCAUUUUCUCUUUCUAGUCAUCUCUCUUUCUAGUCAUCUCUCUUUCUAGUCAUCUCUCUUUCUAGUCCUCUCUCUUUCUAGUCCUCUCUCUUUCUAGUCCUCUCUCUUUCUAGUCCUCUCUCUUUCUAGUCCUCUCUCUUUCUAGUCCUCUCUCUUUCUAGUCCUCUCUCUUUCUAGUCCUCGUCCUCUCUUUCUAGUCCUCGCCCUCUCUUUCUAGUCCUCUUUCUAGUCAUCUCCAUCUCUCUUUCUAGUCCUCUUUCUAGUCAUCUCCAUCUCUCUUUCUAGUCCUCUUUCUAGUCAUCUCCAUCUCUCUUUCUAGUCCUCUCACUCGAGUCAUCGCCCUCUCUCUUUCUGUGGUAUUUUUGUUGUGGGUUUGUCCCCGUUUGGUUAUUCACUUAAUCCUGAUAGGCACUCCACUCCACCAAUAGAAACACUCCUUUUACUCUAUUCACCAACAGAAAGGGUUGGCCACUCCCCUCCCUCAUGACUUCCUAAUCUUGCCAUGUAAAGGUGAAUCUAAAAUCAGCUGCGCCUACACAACCUACACCGAAGCCCACAUUUCACUCUCAUGGAACUCCAUAUUUGUAGGCAAGAGGAACGUCACGAGUCAGUCAUCUUAGCAGUUCUGGAUUUUAGCUAGAAGGAUAAACCAAACCAAACUCCCAACAAUAAUAAUAACGUACCAUCUGAAUGCUGUUAUCAAAGUGCCGUAGACGAGCCUCAGGAAAUAGACAAUAAUUGAAUGGUUAGCAAUAGCAUCCGUGCCACUAGCAAUUACCCCGUACAACCACUUAGUUACCCUUUGCUGCAAACAUAAACUAAAUCUCUUUGUAGUGUAACAGUUAAGUGUCGUUGGACAUUCAAUUGUGUAGAAUUGAGGCCCUAGAUGUCUGGCUGGCAGUUUACACCACAACAUUUGCAAUCCUCCCUGCCCCUAUUCCCCUUUUAUCUCUCCCAUCUCCUUUCCAAUCCCCCCCCCCCCUCUCCCCCUACCCUCCUAUACAGGGACCAAAUAGUUGCCAAACUUGUCUUUGUUUAUAAAGAGGACGCUACCAAAAGAGAGUAUUUUGAAUACGCUGUAUAUAGAUGUAAAUACCUUUAGAGAAUUAUUUAAAGAGAAUGUUCAGAGGAAGGCCUUUUUUUUUGUUUUUUUUGUAUUUCCAUGAAUAAAGUUUCUAUUUUAACCUGUGACUUGGCCAUGUAAAUAAAGUCAAAACACACAAUCAG